CCCUCCAGUCAGUGAAGUGAAAGCAGAGAACCGAAACAACUGUAGCGACUUGUCGGAUCACAUCCAGCAGUCAAGGCAUUAUACUCUCAUGUAUUCAUAAUAGCCACAUGCCGCGGUUUCUUUAGACGGGGGAGAAACCCCUCAACCACUCAAUUUAUGAGUUUCUUGCCAUGGAGAAGUUUAUUCCUGAAGAGACAACUUCGAAUGGGAAACUGGAGAUUUUCUGACAAGUUUAAUUAUUUCCAGCAAAACUUUUCGAACUAAAAAAAAAUGGCCCACAGGAGACAUGCCCUCUUAUGCCUAUUUUUCUUCCGUUUAUGUUUCGACAUUUGUGAUGGACACUUUGCGGUCCCACUCAAAAUAUACCUUGGGAAGUUCAACUUUUCUCGGGAUGUAGACCUGACACCUCUGCAGCAAACACCAGGCGUGGGCGGAAAGCUGCUUUCCUUGGCCUCGGACCCCGCAGGUAUAGUCAACUUUUUAGAUAUGAUCAACAACUUGGAAGGCGACUCGGGGAGAGGCUACUACAUAGAGAUGUCCAUAGGCACCCCUGCUCAAAAGCUCAACAUCCUGGUAGACACGGGCAGCAGCAACUUUGCAGUGGCGUCAACCCCACACCCGUUUAUCACACACUACUUCAACACUAGCCUCUCCACAACCUACCAGCCCACUGGCCGGACUGUUGCCGUCAGGUACACCCAGGGCAACUGGGAGGGCGGGCUAGGCAUAGACCGGGUCUCCAUCCCCAAGGGACCCAAUCAGACCAUCGUCAUCAACAUCGCUGCCAUCUCCGCCUCCGAGGGCUUCUAUCUACCCGGGGUGAACUGGCAAGGCAUUCUGGGCAUGGCGUACCCACUCCUGGCCCGGCCAGACUCCUCGGUGGAGCCCUUCUUCAACUCCGUAGUGCGGCAGACGGGCAUCCCGGACAUCUUCUCCCUCCAGAUGUGUGGCGCGGGGGUCUCUGCCGGCGGCGCCACCGACCCCCCCGGGGGCAGCCUGAUCAUGGGCGGGGCUGAGCCCACGCUGUACCGGGGCGUCAUGUGGUACACGCCCAUCAAGGAGGAGUGGUACUACCAGGUGGAGGUGUUGAAGCUGGAGGUGGGGGAGCAGGGUCUGAACCUGGACUGCAGCGAGUAUAACAUGGACAAAGCCAUCGUGGACAGUGGAACGACGCUGCUGCGACUUCCUGCCAAUGUGUUUAACGCGGUGGUGGACGCCAUCACGCGGACCUCUAUGAUCCAGGACUUCUCCUCCGGCUUCUGGGAGGGCACCAAGCUGGCCUGCUGGAUGAAGGGGGAGACACCCUGGAGGUUCUUCCCAAAGAUCUCCAUCUACCUGAGGGCCAGCAACACCAGCGAGUCCUUCCGCAUCACCAUCCUCCCACAGCUGUACAUUCAGCCAAUCACAGACGUCGACAGCACGCUGGACUGCUUCCGCUUUGGCGUUUCCUCGUCGGCCAACGGCCUAGUGAUCGGGGCCACGGUCAUGGAGGGCUUCUACGUGGUGUUCGACCGCGCCCAGAAGAGGGUGGGCUUCGCCGUGAGCAGCUGUGCAGUGAGCGGGGGCGCGGCGCUGUCGGAGAUCGCCGGGCCCUUCUCGGCGUCCGACGUGGGAACGGACUGCGCCGGGAGGUCCCUGAACGAGCCCCUGCUGUGGGUCAUCUCCUACGCCAUGAUGGCCCUGUGCGCCACCAUCCUCUUCACCCUGCUGCUGCUGCUGGUGAUGCCCUGCCGCCGGCGCCACCGCUCGGGGGACAUCACGGACCAGUCGUCGCUGGUGCGCCACAGGAUCAAGUGACUGAGACGAGGGUCUGCCACCACCGGGACCUCCACCGGCAGCGGCCCCCCCGCCGCCGACCCCACCAUCACCACUGCCGCCGCCAAGCAGGGCCAGCAGCAGCAGGAGGCGGUGGCGGCGGCGGUGGCGGUGGCGGGGGCCCAGUUGGCGGAGCCCAGACGGCAGGGCGGCAGGGCGGCAGGGUGGCGGGCGUGGUCUGAGACCCCCGCCCCUCCCACCCUCUCGUUGGACCAUGACAAUCGGCCAGACUGUAGCUGGUACGCUGUUGGCAGACCUGGUUUCUAGUUCUCUUUUUCGGGACCCUUUCAGGGUCAAGCCAAACGCGUCACUUUGGACGACUUGUGAAAUCACUGCUAAUCAAGUCGAGUGGCCGUUCAUUUGUAAGGCGAGUUUUCCAAUGAAGUCUCCUUCCAGGGAGAUUGUACCAUGAAGAAUAAUAUUGUAUAUGUGUAAGGGCUAAGAAUAAUAUUUUUGACAUGAAGGAGUCUAUUUAGUGCCUUGUAUUUAUAUACGUUUUCUAUUGUAAACAUCUUCCGGUGAGAUGCUUGUUACAGGCAUUGGGAUGAAAAAUCGAUGAUGUCUACACACUGCUUGUAAUACAUUUAGGUCCAAGUGCUCCUCUUGUGUGGAGGAAUUGAUCAAUGACUUGAGACUUAACUUAAUUGCACUUUGCAUUUAAUGCUGAUAACAUGGGUGUGGAGUCUCUGUAAUUCAGAGGAAUUUUUCUUUUUUUUAAUUUACAUUUUCACUUUAAUUGUACUAACACUGUGUAGAAUUUCAUAAUGAACUAUUUUGAUUGGUUUUUGGAGGUGACUAUGGUCCUUAAAUUCCCCACGGCAUAUUUGUACCAUAGUAAUUAUGCAAAUCACAAUUACAUGCCAAAGAAUGUGUUGAAAGCCGAUAAACAAAAAGCGUCCGGUUUGGGCAGCCAGGCCUGUUGCACUGAAAUGUUCAAAGCCACCGGCUCACUGUUAAGGACAGUGACCAGGUAUAGCUAUGUCUUUUCGCCACCAUGUUUCAGACCAGUUUUGCUUUUAUAAACAAUGAAUUCCGCACACUAAGUUUACAUUACCUUUGUAAAGUCCCUUAAAAAACAGGUCUUAACUGUAAUACCACAGCUAAGAUGGUGCAAUACAUCACAUGGGCAGCUUAACCGGCUUUGUGCAUUUGAUCAUGUGACCCGAGAAUGAGUUUGUGGAACACUAUGAAAUCCUAUUGUGUGCCAAAAGUAUGUUUUAAAACUUCACAACCAUUUGAGCAGGUCCAAUUUAAGUGUAGAGUGAGUUUCUUUCCUGUGCCAAAAUGAACACUUCAAUUAAAUAAAUAUGAGUAAACUGAA